GUAAACGGUUUUGUGCACACGCCAGACUUCAGUUGAAAGUACGCUUUGCAUGCUUCGUCCAUGCCAUCACGCCGAUGACCACUUUUCCCUUCCAGCCUGUUAAGUCUGUCUAAGUAUGGAAAGUAUAUUAAUCGCAAUAUAGAAAAACAAUAUUCGGCAUGCCAUCACUUUCACUCCGCAACAUGGUCACUGUCAGACGCUUCUCGAGAGUGGUCCUCCUGGCUGGGUUCUUGAGCUCCGCGCCGAUUUUAACCCUGCUCACAACCUUCUGCCUCGCCCAUCGCCCUGAGCAGGUGCACUUGACGGUCGGCUAUGAUCCCGUCAAUACCCGCAUCGUACAGUGGGCAGCCUUGGACGAGCAGGAUGUUUCUCCCUACCCCGUUUUCGUUGUUUACGGCAAAGACAAGAAUGCGGUGGAACGCUACAACGCGUCGACGACAGUAGGAUCUUCCAUAUUGGAAGCAGCGGGAUCCAGCCCCGACGAGGAGAGGCUAGUUGUGGCACUUGGGAAAAAACACACAGCCACGUCGAAAAAGAGUAAAGUAUCCGAUGACUUCGUUUUCGCGACACACAGCGAUACUCUUGCGAAGAUCGCAGUUCGCCAGGCCCGCAGUUUCGUUUUUCACGUCCAGGAAUGGGGUGAAUCAGGCGACCCCACAACAUGGGCCGGGUAUAAGGACUUCGAAACUUUCAAUAUCGCACGGAAUUACACGAUGCACGUUGCAGACAUUGCGCUUAGGGACCUAGUACAGGAGAAAAAGACAUCAAACACGACAUUCUCGGACUUCGUCUACUACAAAGUCGGUCGUUCCACGGAUCCGGGAGGGGGGUGCCGACCAGCGACGGAGAUGUCAACAGCGCCAACGCUUCUGCUCUCGCAGAUUGCGAAUUUUGUGACGGGCAAGAAAAAAGCUGCAGCGCAGCGCAACAACUAUCAAGACACCUGUUGGUCCAAGACGUUUAAGUUCAAAACGUCACUACCGGACGCAAGUUUAUUGUCCACGAGUGCACCAGACUCGCCGCGAGCUGCUCGCGACGCGCCGCGUUCCGAAUUGCACGAGGAAUCGAAGAACACGCAAAAAUCUUCAAUGGCAUCUGCUCCGAUACAACCAGGUGUGGAAACCAACGGCGAGAUGACGUCGAGCGACAGGGCCGCCAUUUUACCUUCUCCGCAUACGUUCGCCGUGUACGGGGAUAUGGGGGACUACAAUGGCCAGUCCCGCCCCAUGAUUUUGCAGCACCAGAAAGACUAUCAAAUGUAAAAAUGUCUGGGUCUGGAAGAAUGCAACUUGUCAUGCUAAAUCUGCAGCAUGCAAAAAUCUGUGUUGCAUGAUUACCAAAAGUCGCCCAGUUUUGACCAAGUCGGGGGGCAGUUUCUCAUGCAGGAUAGGCAUGAGAAAGAUCGCACAGAAUCUGUCAUGCUAGGUCCUGCAUUCCAGACCUCAUGGGUCAUGGAAAAGCUGCAUGACAAAUCGCGCAUUCUUCCAGACCCAGACAUUUUUACAUUUGAUAAAGACACCAACUACAACCUCACCGCGCUCCUCCACGUCGGAGAUUUCGCCUAUGCGUUCUCAACUGUUACAUUCUCAGCUGUUACAUGGAUUUGCGAUGCAAGAAUGGCAAAAGUGAAAGGGGUCACCUUGCGCGUCUUGCAUGACAGAUCUGGCGCAGAUUCUCAGCCUGUUUGGCUCUUCGAGCAUUUGUCAUGCGAAGCAGCUCGAUCGUGUCAAUUCUGAUUGUGGUUUUGCAUUUACAAAUCAUGUAACAGUUGAGAAUGUAACGUUUGAGAACGCCAUACCGCCUACGAUUUCGAAUCGGACAGCGGGUUGAAUGGGGAUCUGUACAUGCGCGACAUGGAGGAAAUCGUCGCUGAGCUGCCGUAUCUCACCGUCCCCGGGAACCACGAGGACCAUUACUACUACAACCACUACUACCACCGGUUUCUGAACCAACCGACCCCGCCAAUCGAGAGGAAACUGCACAACUUUGAGCACUUCAGCAAGUAUCACGCGCAAGUAGCUCCUGGCGGUAGAAGUACAAUUACAGAUACCAAAGCCCGUGGAGGUUCUCCUGGAACUGCUGGUCGUGAACAUCAUCAAGAUCAAGAGCAGCGCGAAGAUCUGUACCAGAACUUUUGGUACAGCGUCGGGUUUCCGAACGUCGGCAAGUUCGUUUUCUUCACGUCGGAGUUAUCCACAGAAAAAAACCCACCCACAUCCAAUUUGUCACGCAAAACGCGCAUCAAGUCAUGUGUUUGUCAUGCAAAAAAUGGAUGUGAAUGGUUUUUUUAUUGUGGAUAGGAGUUCUACAUGAAGUACAACCUGGACGACGCGCUGGUCCGGCACCUGCGCGAGCUCCAGUACGCUUGGCUCGAAAACUAUUGGGGUGUCAGGAUUGAAAUCUUCAAAGUUGAAAAGGUUUGUCAUGCAUAAAAUCUAUAACCACUUGGAGCCCCAGUUUCCAAUCGGCGCAUGACAAAUUUUCCUGGCCUGUGAAGCAAGUCUGUCAUGCUGUUUAGGGCAAGAGGGCUCCUCCCUGUGAUGCUAGCGAGCAAUCCAAUUCAUGAGCCUUGCCAGCACUAUACUCUGCUUCCUUUGCGUCCUCUGCAAUAGAGUCAGUCUUUGUGUCGCAUUUUAUGCAUGAGAAAUCAUUUCAACUUUGUUGAUUUCAAACCUGACACAUCCAUAAAAACGAGCUGAAGAGGACCGACCGAGAGCAGUUCCCGUGGCUCGUGCUCGCGUCGCACCACCCCCUGUACUGCAGCGCCGGCCCCCGGACGGUCGGGGACUGCGGAGACGAGGCGCACACAAUACGGACCGGCGUCGCACAGUACCGGGUCGCAGACGAGUCUUCUACUACGGUCCACCUCGACGCUGCAAUGUUAAAGGAGGAUGUGGCACGACACGCACAGGCACCAGUAGUGGGCAACAAGCAUUACGGCGAGAAGCUCUCGGGAUCUUUGGACCAGCUUUUCUACGAGACCGGAGUGGACCUCUUCCUCGCGGGUCACGUGCACAACUACGAGCGUAUGUUCGACGUGAAGCCCGCGGAAAACAACGACCCCACCGGCGUGAACAACUGGAACUCGGGCGUCACGGAGCGGAAGACGGUGAACCCGCGGGCAACGACGCACAUCGUUACCGGCGCCGCCGGGAACGUCGAAGACCACCAACCCUUCAACGGCGGGGAGACGAACCGCACCGCGUUCCGGUCCGAAAACUACGGUUGGAGUCUGUUUACGAUCUGGAAUAAAACCCACCUGCACUGGCAGCAAAUCAUGACAGAUAAUUCCGAGCCGGUAGAGGACAUGGGCAAAGUAAUUGACGACUUCUGGCUUGUGCAGGAAAAGCACGGUUCCUUUGCUGGUAGAGAUGAUGAACUUUUCGGCGACGGCGCCUCGCACGGCCACCACAAGUCGGCGCUUGUGGAAAAUUCGGCCGCAAGUAGCGAGUUCGGCAGGACAGCGAGUCGAAGCGAUUCCUUUUUGCCAUCGGGUGUUCGACGUCCUGGCUCUAGCAGUUCAGAGGAACACGAUCUGCAGCCGCUGCUGGCAAAGGAUAAGGCAAAGACCGCACUGUCGUUGCAACACGACAAGCAAGCGGACGAACAAGCACAUGACACCACCACGACCGCACGGGAAGAAGGACACGAGCGCAAUGACGCGACAGAUUCAGUGGCAGAUCAGAAGCCAAGUACAAGUACAACGAAGAUUAAAGCGCGCCAGUCGGGAGGUGGAGGUGCUCGCGAAGAUUAUACCCCCGAGAGAAUAUCAGAGGGAGCGACUCGCGAUUCUGAUAGAGCUUCGCCUUCAAACCAGGGCUUCGCUGUGUUGGUCACAGAUCAUAGUACGAGCGAAAGGGCCGAGCCCCAAAAUCCUGCGGAACUUCACGAGCGCCGUCGACAGGAGAGCGAAGCGCAGCGACUUGAAAAAGUCCACCGCUUCGGCUCGUGGCAGGCGACGCGGAUGGAAGCACUAGCUCUGCUAGAAGCUGAGAAAAAGGACGAGCCGUCAGGAGAUCAUGCCCCUAGUACCCCUGCAGUGGCAUCUUCGUCCUCGUCUGCUGGAACGAUGAGAAAAAGGAGUUACGCGGAGCCGGAAAAAAGAUUCUACAAGCCGAAGGUUCAUGAUAUUGAAAUGGAGGAUAAAGAUAGCCCGGUUUUUUUCUACGUGUAGAAUAAUCAAGAAUGUUGUUGCUCAGAGCUCGAAGACGGGACCAGGAGAUCGCACGUUCUCGUUCUUGUCUUCUGUUUUGCCACGUCGACCUUUGGUUACAUCAGAAUCUGAUACCUGUACGAAGAUCGCAACACCCGUAGUAAGUAGAGGAAAUACAUGGGAUGUGCUGUGUGUUUUUGGAAGGACAGCGACAGUGUGUCUGUGCAACUACUUACCCGGGACGCAACGCGUGGAAGAGCAUCGCUUUCACGGGCGAGCGCAUUCCCGCACCUGACACAGAAAUGCGACCGCAUCUGAGACACGUCUCUAUUCCAUCAAGUUCGUUGGGUUGUUCAGCAU